AUGUCUUUUAGGGCAAUACCACGGCGUCUGAUGCGACCCGCCUCGCAUGGCCGCACACAGCCAAUGGACCCCUCGUCUUCGCCCUCACCGGGGAAACAUCAGCAAAAGGUGGCGCCGCUUCUUCAGUUCCCUCAGUUCCACCCCAUCGUCUUUCCCCAAGAUAAGUUUCUCUCCAUCAAGUCCCGCUCCCUCGAAACGUACACCAAAGUACGCAGUGACGUGCUGCAGCGGUGCGCCGAUUUAUGUACGCAGCUGCAGCGUCGGCAAGAACAGGCGGGGCGGCGAGGAAGGGAGAUGACUACUGCAGCCAGGACCGUUGGAGAGGCGACGGCUUCCUCAGCAGCCAUCGACCUAUCACCUGAGCUCCCGGCCCACCCGUUGACACCCCACCAAGCAGAGGAACUUCUUCUCUUGACAAAGAAGGUGGAGGACCUCGUUCACUACCAGGGAUUUUUCCUCACCGACGAGCUUGUCUGGCGCAUGUUGCAUCUCUGCAUACAAUGCGGUGCGCCGCAGCUCGCGGUGUACGGGUGGCUGCAGAAGCAUGUGCUCGAAGAGAAGCGCGGCCCGCCCUUCCCGCUCUUUAUCCUGGAGGACCUGACGGCCACACUGCGUGCCUCGGUACUACCGCGGCUCCCUGAGAGCGGGGCAAGUCUGACAUGUAGUAGCACUUUGAUAGUAACGAGUGCUGGCAGCUUAGACGAAAAUCCGAGUAUUGCCUUUGAGGACGGCCUUGCGGCGGCGCAGCGAUGCCUUCGCCACCACCUCCUUCACUCCAGCUGGCCGGCAUCUAACGCGGCAGAAACUGAGUUUUUCAGGGUGGCGCAGGCAUACACGGAUCACUUGCUUGCGGAGCACGUGUGGCCUGUGUGGCAGGCAUUGGAGGCGAUGAACUUGACGUUUGCCAAUCUAAGGACCAAAAAAAUCAAAGACGAGGAGGAGCAAGAGGUGGUGGACGGUGAGCAAGGAAGUGAGGAGGAACAAGACGUAAGCUCACCUCGCUUGGACCGAGGAGAAUACGGCAGGUAUGCCAUCUGGCUGCCUGACGCGGAGGCUCAGACACUGGCUGUGCGCACCGCUCUCAUGUCGGUGACGCCGCUCUACUCGUUUCACGCACCCCCGUCGUUAGCACCGCCUUUCAGCGCUGCUGAGAGCAGAAAAGACUCGUCAAAGUCUGCCAAGACGGCGAACAUCCUCACACACGCGCUGCUCUGCAGUGAACCGCCGUUCUUCCCGAGCGAGGAGGCGGCCAUUGUGGCGCCAUUGCGAGCGCUUUUGGACACGUGGCUGGUGUUGGCCCAGUGCGCAGCAGAGGCAAAGGACGUGCCGCUGCUGAAGACGCUGCUACGCACUGUGUGUCUUGGCUUCUUGACACAUUCGGCGACGAGUGCUGGUGAGGAGCACAGUGCAGCGGAGCCGAAGGGUGGAAUGCAACUGCCUCCGGUCUGCCUGAACGAAGAUGCGUGGUGUCAGUACGCCGUCUCUGACGUUGAGCAGAGAGAAGGUGUGGUACACCACGGCGCUGCUGACAUGCAGGCUCGUGCAAUGGUGCGUGAGUUUGUCAACGGCAGCUUUUCCGUACUUCAGUACGGACUUCUGUGCGCAGAGUAUGAGGCUGCUCUGUGGCACCUACACGACACGUGCGCGUUGAUUUUGGGUGUCGCCGCUUCGCUGCGCUCUCUUCAGGGUCCCCCAAAGAAGCAAAGCCGCCACUUACUCACUACAGAUGACGCGAAGCUGCAUCGCAUGUCUGCUGUGGCGCUUGUGCAGCCGGCACCAAGUGAAGAGGCAGACGGUCUACUGUGCGUGGCACUGCCAUGUGCACUUGUGUCAUCCUAUGCACGAGGACAGCAGGCCAUAGGUGACGACGAGCACGCAAGUGCCACGGCUGCGAUGCACUCCUUUCUCUGUGAUGUUCUCGCCCACCCUGCAGAGGAGACCACGGCGCACCCAUACGCUGAAGCAGGGCUCUAUGUUGGUCUUGCCACUGGUGAUGAGGCGCUGCUAGCCCAAGCUGCGCCCACCGACACGGCAAUGGGCAACUCGGAGGCGACGCUGCUCUUGCUCCACGCGCGUGCACUUCAUUCGUACCGGCGAGCUGCCACGAGGCUAGCCACCGCGCAUGAGGGGCAUGAGGGGGAGGAAGCACCCGAGGAGGACGCCUGGGAUGCGUGGACGGCAACCCUGCGGGACGAGGUGUCGCAGGCCACCAGUGGAAGUGGUGACACGGAUACAUCGCGGGUGCAGUUGGUCGAAAGCUGUCUGACGGUUCUCGCCCUCGGUGUCGCAAGACGCCAGGCAGAGCGUGCAGCUGUCUAUGUGCAGUGUGUUCAACAGCACACGUCGACAUCUGCCGCAGAGAAUGGCGACGACACCCCAAAUGAGAGCCAUAACGCCUAUGACAACGUCGAGGCAGAGAAGCAACGUCGGGAGGCGAUCGAGGUGAGUUGGUCGCAACUCUACGAUGGCACGACUGCUUGCGUGCAGGAGACGCUGAGGCGAGUGGAGCAGCUGUUCGGUGCCUUGUCUUCACCUGACGCCGAGACUUUCUGUUUGUCUCCAUCAUCGUUGAGUACGCUCGCUGUGCUGACUCGCCUGGGAGUCUACGCGGAGGAAGAGGCGCAGGCAAGCGUUGCGGCCGCAUCGACCACAGGCGAGAAUGUUGCCAAACCUUCUGACGUCUCUCCCUCUUCUCUGUCUCUUAGCGCUUCUCUCGACCGUGUGUUGGCACGGGUGGUGAGGGACGCAUGCAUGCAGCUUCGUGGUGCCUCAGCCGUAUCACCCACCGGUGCUGCAUCGGCGGCCACGACUAGCGUUGUUGGUAACUGGGUACAGUGGGUGCUGCUGACGCUGAUGGCCCGGAGAGCUUGGGUCGACGUGCUUGCUGUACUGCGUGCGCUAGAUGGCAAAGGGAGUGCGGGAAGAGGUACAGAUGCCGAUGGUACUUUGAGCACUCUUCUCUGUAGUACCACUGUCGAUCCAUCGGUGUUUGCAGCUUUGUAUGCUCGCGCCAUGGAAGAUGGCGCGGCAAGCGUUUGCGCGUUUCUGCGCCCUCGGCGUGAGCGGCUCUUUUUCUGA